ACUUGACUGUUCAAACUAGAAGUUAUUUGGAAUGACACACUGAAUGUGACCCGCUACUUCAGAACAAGUCUUCGGCAGGCAUAUCCACAAACCUCGCCCUAGAUGGCGAGUAGAAUACGCUGCCAGUUAGCCACUAAUUUGAAGCCAAAUUUAUCCACCGUUGGAGGUCUACCGAGCACCUUUUCUUGCAUCUCCUCUGCUGAUUUUGCUGCGGACAAGCCAGAGAUGAAAGGUGUGUCAUUCCUUCUACAUGUCCUCCUCUUCCUUAGCUUGGGCCUUGCACCCCUAUGUAGCAGGGGAGUCGAAGAUCAAUUUGUCUACUCCGGCUUCACUGGGACAAACCUCACCCUGGACGGCGCCGCCAUGGUCACAGCGGACGGACUCCUCAAGGUGACCAACGGCACGGUUAACCUCUACGGCCAUGCAUUCCACCCAACCCCCCUGCGUUUCUGCAAGUCGCCCAAUGGUAGGGUGCGGUCCUUCUCUGUGUCUUUCGUGUUCGGCAUCAGCUCUGUCUAUCGUGAGACGAGUGUUGACGGAAUGGCCUUCUUCAUCUCCUCGAGGAACCAUUUCUCCAAUGUGCUUGCAAACCAGUUCCUGGGCCUCCUCAAUGACAAGAACAAUGGUAACUCCAGCAACCAUAUAUUUGCAGUCGAGAUCGACACCUUCCAAAACACUGAGCUGAAGGACAUCAACGACAAUCACGUCGGUAUCGACAUCAACAGUGUCCGCUCCGUGCAAUCGCGCCCUGCUGGCUUCUAUGAUGAUAUGGGCAUCUUCAGCAACUUGAGCCUAAAUAGCGGUGAAGCUAUGCAGGUAUGGGUGGACUACGAUGAAGGGGCCACACAGAUUAGUGUGACCAUUGCUCCACUGAGAGUAGUGGUCAAACCAGCCAAGCCAUUGGUCUCGGCCACCUAUGAUCUAUCACAAGUACUUGUGGAUCCAGCUUAUGUUGGUUUCUCGUCUUCGACUGGCCCGAUCAGCACACAAUACAUCGUGCUUGGGUGGAGUCUCAGCAUGGAUGGCCCCGCUCCGGUCAUUGACACCGCCAAAUUGCCAAAGCUACCUCAACUUGUUCUGAAGAAUACUCAGUCCAGAGUCUUGAAGAUCGUCCUUCCAAUAGCUACUGCAGCACUGGUGCUUGCUCUGGGAACUGCCAUCCUUCUGAUCAUACGGAGGCGACUAAGGUACGCCGAGCUGCGCGAGGAUUGGGAAGCCGAGUUCGGACCACAUCGGUUCUCAUAUAAAGAUAUGUUCCUUGCAACAGAGGGGUUCAAGAACAAGCACCUGCUUGGUACAGGAGGGUUCGGGAAGGUGUACAAAGGAGUUCUCCCGACAUCCAAACUAGAUGUUGCCGUAAAGAAGUUGUCCCAUGAACUGAAGCAGGGCAUGAAGGAGUUCGUCUCUGAAGUUGUAAGCAUUGGCCGCCUUCGGCACCGUAACCUCGUGCAGCUACUCGGCUAUUGUCGAAGAAACCAUGAACUCCUCUUGGUGUAUGACUACAUGCCAAAUGGCAGCCUUGAUAGGUAUCUGUACUGUGAUGAAGAGGGCAAGCGACCCACUUUGGGCUGGGACCAGAGGUUUGCGAUCAUCAAAGGUGUUGCAUGUGGCUUGCUCUACUUGCACGAGAAGUGGGAGAAAGUUGUCGUCCAUCGGGACAUCAAGGCGAGCAAUGUGCUCCUGGACAGUGAGAUGAAUGCACGGCUAGGCGACUUCGGUCUCGCAAGAUUAUACGACCACGGUACGAACCCGCAGACAACACAUGUGGUUGGAACGGUGGGGUACCUAGCACCUGAGCUGACACAAACAGGUAAAGCGUCCCCUCCUACAGACGUCUUUGCCUUCGGCGCAUUCCUUCUCGAAGUUGUUUGCGCGCAAAGGCCCAUCAAGCAGGACGCGCAAGGCAACCGGCUCAUGCUGGUCAACUGGGUUCUUCAACAUUGGCACAAUGGGUCGCUCAUGGAGACGGCGGACAAGAGGUUACAAGGCGACUGCGGCACAGUCAAAGAUGAGGUCUGUCUUGUGUUAAAAGUAGGUCUCCUGUGCUUGCAUCCUUUCCCUGCUUCAAGGCCCAGCAUGCGACGGGUGCUCCAGUACCUUGAUAAUGACGUGCCACUGCCGGAGUUGGCACCAACACAUUUGGGCUUCAGCAUGCCGCCUUGGAUGCAAGGCAAAGCAGGAUCCAUGCCAUACCUGCAGCUCGAGAGCACGAGCAUCGGCACGAUCUCGGGCCUCUCGGGAGGACGAUGAUGUUAGUCAGUGUGACAUAUGGUCCGGUCUGGUGUAUAUGCAAUGAAGCUCUGCAAGUUAUGCAUGUAAACUCUGCAGAUGUACUGCUUUAUUAUAUGAAUCUCGAAGGGUGGCUUUGUUAUAUGAAACAUCCCUUGGCGUAUGUGUUUUCUGCAAAUUAUGCAUUGCUAAUGCAGUUAGCGAGCAUCUUUUGUGUGAUUCAUGACUUUGUAAUAAUCUUAUGGCAUCACACUCUGUUUAUAUUAUUUAUAUGUACCCGACAUUUAAAAGUA